AUGGCGCAUCGCCAUAAGCUGGCAGCCGCUGCCGGCCGCUGCGGAGCGCCGCGCCCCAACGCCCUGGCAGCCCGCCGCGCCUCGCGCGCCGCGUUGCCGCGCCCGCGGGCCUACCUGCCAGCCUCGGCCCCCACCGCCGCCGCCGCCGACACUGCCGCCGCGUUCAAGCGUCUGCAGAACGGCAGCGACAUCCGCGGCGUUGCGCUGAAAGGCGAGCGGCGCCUGGGUCGACGCGGCGUUUGA